GGAGAGAUGACGUGGGAAAGAGCUACAAGGAGGAAGUUCCAGGUUUCAGAAGCUAAAGAGAAGAUGGCAUUAUGGUUGAACAUUUAAUUGCAUUGGAAGCCGAUGAGUGCCAAGGAGAUAUCCAGACAAAGCAGAGGAACUUGUUUCAAUUCGAACAGCAGUCUACACACUGGCCUGUGCGAAGGAGAAGUAAAGUGUUUGGAAAAGUUGAACAUCCGGAUAGACAAAAUGAGGAUCAGUUUUCCCCUCCACACCACCAACAGGAGAAUGAAUCAGCUAAGGAUCUGAAGGGCAAUAUGGCUCCUGAAACCAAAAUCACUGAAGAGAAAAGCACUAACAAUCAGAACGGAGGGACAACAGGCGUGAAAAGCAUCAGCAGAGCUGUGUCCUAUAUCAUGGGAGGAACAAACAUGUCUGGAGAUGGAUCUAAAGGUAAAGCAAUUGCCAGUCACAAGUAUUGACUAAACAGUGUGGCCAAUUGUUUGCCUACACUUGUGGUUCAUUCUUAAAAAUGUUCAAGAGACCAAAUAAGUGCCAAAUUUACUGUCUAAAGACAAAACAGUAUAACAUGAAAAGGAGAUAUACAUACCCUCCUGCCAGGUAGCAAAUUUUCACGGCAUGUUCAGAAAGUGUGCUUCAAAGAUACGCGUUUCAGCUAGUAGUAUUUAUAGUAUGGCUUUACAAGUUACCAACCUCUUUACACAUCACUUGAACUUUAAGUUUAACCCACUAGUUUUGCCAGCUUGGUACCUCCCUAUACUUUCCCAUCCCUCAUUUGAAUGGUAUAUUCCAAAUGUUGAUGAGCCAUAACAGGGCUCCCUAAUUGUGCUUGGUACAAAGUAUUCAUGAAUCUUUACUUUGACAAGUUUCCUAUUUUCUAAAGUCAAAACUGACUUCAGCUUUGCAAACUUCUGUGGGCUGUUUGACAUGGGUGAACAGAAAUUGUGGAAAGAGCAUAAUGCAUUUAAUUAAUGUAACCUUCCAAUACCCAUAUAUGUAAAGUAUGUUAUAUUAAUACCAUUCACAUAGUAUCUAUGAAUGUGUAUAUUACAUCGAACAUAUAUGCAUGGGCAAACACAACCAUUGUCAUUCCAGAGUUGUGGAGUGGUAAUUGGUAUCUUCUUAUUGGCUUGAUCAUACAUGUAGCAUGCUCUUAAUAUGGGGAGAUAUGUUGGCGCAAGUCUCUAGGGGGAGCACUAGCAGCCUUUGCAUCUUAAAGAGUCCUAGAAUUGAGACUUACAGGGGAGAAUAACUUGCAACACCCUUUUCUGCCUUCAGUGGGAGCCACCUCCACUGGCCAGUGUGUCUAGGGGACAGAGUCAUGGCUGCACCUACUCCCUGCCCCUCUCUGCCCAGUUACUCCCAAGGAGAAGCAUCUGGAGCACAAAUGUAAUGCGUUUUGGGGCAGCCCCUGUGGGCUGUGAAAGGCAUGGGAGAGGACAAUCUUUACCCCUUCCUACAGCCCUGCACAGUCACAAUAGCCAGAAGCACAAUCUAGUGCU